AGUCCAUUUCAUUAGUCAUACUUCUAAUAUUACGGUCUGUCAGUCGCAAAAUCAGUUGUUCUUCAUAAGUGCUUCCUCUGAUGAUAGUAUUGUUUAUAUUUCACGCCGCCACAAACGAGACAUCGAUCGUCAGUCUACAUUCAUUUUUCCAACCGUGAAGUGUUGCCUUUGUGUUUUUGUUGUUCCAUCAACAUUUUCUGUCUUGAUGCAGAUUAUUUGUACUUCGCCUACUUUUGUGUGUUACUGUGAUGAUACUCAGCCCACCUGGCGAUUGUGGGGCGAGGAGAAAGCGGAUGGCGCCCUCUAUACCGUCUACCUCAAGAAAGUUCGUUACCACCGGCCUACUAGGAGUCUGUCGUCUUCCCACUCGGAUUCCGAUGACGAAAUUUCCCACCUAGAAUGGGAAACGGUCCGAGUGAGAUUCGUGAAGGCGGGUACUCUCAAGAAACUAGUCGAAGCUCUCUCCACCGACGACGGCGAAUUAGAAACGACCUACAUCAAUGUGUUCCUGGCUACUUACCGAAGUUUCUCUUCGCCCAAGGAGGUGCUCAAAUUACUCCUCCAGAGGUACGCCGACCUCUGUGAUGGACCCCAAAAUGGCAGGCCUGAUCAACAUGAACAACACAGAAAGUAAGUGUUGGCUAAGAAUUUUUCGAAUAUUUUUAGAUC